AUGGCUCCUAAGAGGAAGUCUGAAUUUUGCACUGGAGUUUGUGGCAAGAAGGUAGAUCAUUGGCUCUCUACAGCAUCAGGUCCACUGUCAUGUGGUGGAGACAUUUGUGAUACACUUGGACAGUUUUCAAAGCCUUGCCCAUCAUGUGUUAGUGGGGAAGAACGCACUUGUGACUUAGAAAUAUUUGCUGCUCUCUACAAAAAUGCAGCGUGGCACACACUGUUGAAGAGUGACAAAGCCCCAGUACAUGUUCUGCGCUGGUAUAACCUGAUGGAAUCUCAGGUUGGUAAUGUCAUCGCAGAGCUUCCAGAUGAAAUCAAGAAAGCCUUUGAUUCUUCCAAAACCACUACAGUUUCAGCAGAGAGCUCAGCAUUGGGUGUAAAGAAGCAAGAAGAUGGUGGAAAGUUUGUUGAGCUCCCUGGAGCCAAGAUGGGGGAGGUGGUUGUUCGUUUCCCCCCAGAAGCUAGUGGGUACCUUCACAUAGGUCAUGCCAAAGCUGCUCUCCUCAAUCAGUACUAUCAGUUGGCAUUUAAGGGAAAACUAAUAAUGAGAUUUGAUGACACCAACCCUGAGAAGGAGAAAUUGGACUAUGAGAAAGUUAUUCUGGAGGAUUUGAAAUUACUGGACAUUAAGCCAGAGACAUUCACUCAUACUUCAGAUCAUUUUUCAAUUAUGAUGGACAUGUGUGAGCAACUCAUCAGGCAAGGUUUGGCAUAUUGUGAUGAUACUGAUGGUGAGACCAUGAAGAAGGAGCGUGAAGAGAGGAAGGAGAGUAAAAAUUAUAACAACACUGUAGAGAAGAAUCUCUCCAUGUGGGAAGAGAUGAAGAAGGGAACAGAUUAUGGUGUAACUUGCUGUGUGAGGGCCAAGAUUGACAUGAAGAGUGACAAUGGAUGUAUGCGUGAUCCUACAAUCUAUCGCUGUAAGAAUGAGACUCAUGUGAGGACAGGCAACAAGUACAAGGUAUAUCCAACGUAUGACUUUGCCUGUCCUAUUGUAGACAGUGUAGAAGGGGUUACUCAUGCUUUGAGAACAACAGAGUAUCAUGAUCGUGAUGAUCAAUAUUACUGGUUCAUAGAGAAGCUGGGGCUAAGGAGCGUGCACAUCUAUGAGUAUUCCCGACUGAACAUGAACAAUACUGUUCUGUCCAAGCGCAAACUUACUUGGUUUGUUGAUGAAGGGCUUGUUGAUGGAUGGGAUGAUCCACGUUUCCCUACUGUCCGGGGUAUAUUGCGGCGUGGUAUGACUGUGGAAGGACUUAAAGAUUUUAUUGUUGCACAAGGUUCAUCUCGUUCUGUAGUGAACAUGGAGUGGGACAAAAUUUGGGCUUUCAAUAAGAAGGUGAUUGAUCGCUAUGCCCCUCGUUACACAGCACUUCAAGGUGAGUUGGUGCCUGUUCAUGUUGUUGGUGUUAAUGAGGAAGCCACCAGUGCCCAGAAGCACCCAAAAGAUUUAUCUAUUGGUAUGAAAACUGUGUGGAUUGGGCCCAAGGUCUUGAUUGAGGCUGCAGAUGCUGCUGAAUUGAAGGAAGGACAGAAUGCUACUUUCAUCAAUUGGGGAAAUAUCAUGAUAAAGAAAAUAAACAAGAGCAAUGGAAAAAUAGUGUCUGUUGAUGCUGAGCCCAACCUUGAGGAUAAAGAUUACAAAAAAACACUGAAGCUCACUUGGCUUGCAGACACUGAGAAAGCUCCCACCACACCAGUUGUGUGUGUGUACUUUGACCAUCUUAUUAGUAAGAGUGUACUUGGAAAAGAGGAAAAUUUCAAAGACUUUAUUGGACACAAUACUCGUGCUGAAGUAAAAAUGGUAGGUGAUACUGAGUUGCAAAAUCUGGUUUCUGGAGAUAUUAUACAGCUGCAGAGGAAGGGUUUUUUCAGGGUGGAUGAGGUGUACAAGCCAGUAAGUCUGAGCAGCUGUCGAGAAAGUCCAGUUGUACUCUUCUCCAUCCCAGAUGGUCAUUCCAAGGAUAUGCAAACUGCAUCUUCCAUCAGGAAAUUGGCAGGCAUGAGUGAGAAAGAGAAAGCCAAGAGUGCUCAAGGCAAAAAGGCAGAAAAAAGUCCUCAGGAGGAAAUAAAAUCUAGUGUUGGAGCAUCUGGUACAUCAGUGGGGAAGAAUUUAUUAGUUUCUAUUAAAGACCAGGGUGAUAAAAUUAGACAGUUGAAGAACAGCAAGGCAGACAAGAAUGUUGUAAUGGCUGAAGUGGAAAUUUUAAAGCAAAUGAAAAAGGACUUUCAAGAUGCAACUGGAAUUGAAUGGAAGCCAGAUUUAGCCAUUCCUUCUAAUGCACCUGUUCUGGCAACUACUCCAACAGUGACUGUUGCAGGAAAGAAUGCUGUUGAGAUACAUUCUCAGAUUAAAGCUCAAGGUGACAUAGUUCGGAACUUGAAAGCCAGCAAGGCUGACAAAGACAUCAUCAAACAAGCAGUUGAUGCUCUUUUGGAGCUGAAGAAAGAGUUCAAGAAAGUUACAAAUGUUGAGUGGAAACCUGACAUUGACUUACAAGUAUCAACAUCUGAUGCUGCUGCCCCAGCAUGUCCUGCUACUUCUGUUGUGACUGGAAAUUUACCUCUUGAUCUUCAUAAUAAAAUUAAGGAACAAGGUGACAAAGUAAGGAAUUUGAAGGCCAAUAAAGCAGAUAAGGAUGCUGUGAAGCUGGAAGUUGAUAAACUUUUAUCACUGAAGAAAGAGUUUAAAGAAAAUACUAGUACUGAAUGGAAACCUGAUAUUGACAUUACACAGUUCAGUGACUCAAAAUGUGAUGGAGUUAUAGCUAGUAAUGAUAGUUCAGGCACACAUGCUAAAGCCAUUGAGCUGCAUAUGCAGAUACAGAAACAAGGGGAUAUUGUGAAAUCAUUAAAGGCAAACAAAGCUGACAAAGAUAGUAUUAAACAAGCAGUUGAUAUGCUCUUGUCCUUUAAAAAACUGUUCCAUGAAUGCACAAAUAUUGAAUGGAAGCCUGGUAUGGAUCUUUCAAUACUUUCUGAUGUUUCAAGUGGCAUUGUGACUACACCUGCUAGCACUGAAGGAAGUGUUGGAACCAAACCUAAAACUAUGGAGAGUAAGAAGCCAAAUGAUAAAUCUAUGAAAGAGACUAAAAAGCCAAUGGAAAGAUCUGUAGAGAGUGAGGUACAAGCAGCUGCAAAACAAGAUGGAAACUUGAAGAAGCAGACAAGGUUGGGUCUAGAGGUGAAGAAGGAAGAGAAUCUUGCUGAAUGGUACUCACAGGUGAUAACCAAGUCUGAGAUGAUUGAAUACUACAAUGUAUCAGGCUGCUAUAUCCUCAGACCUUGGUCUUAUGCAAUAUGGGAUUAUAUUAAGGAAUUCUUGGAUAAAAAAAUUAAGUCCUUAGGUGUUGAAAAUUCAUAUUUCCCCAUAUUUGUUGCUCGGGAAGCUCUGGAGAAAGAAAAGACGCACAUUGCAGACUUCUCUCCAGAAGUUGCCUGGGUAACAAGAUCAGGAUCAAGUGAGAUGGCAGAGCCUGUUGCUAUUCGUCCUACAUCAGAAACUGUGAUGUACCCUGCUGUUGCAAAGUGGGUACAAUCGCACCGAGACUUGCCAUUGAAACUUAACCAGUGGAACAAUGUUGUGCGUUGGGAGUUCAAACAGCCUACACCAUUCUUGAGAACACGUGAAUUUUUGUGGCAAGAAGGACACACUGCUUUUGCCACUAAGGAAGAAGCUGAGGAAGAAGUAUAUCAGAUACUUGAAUUUUAUGGCCAAGUGUAUGAAGAACUCUUGGCUGUUCCAGUUGUUAAAGGCAAGAAAACUGAGAAAGAGAAGUUUGCAGGUGCUGAUUUUACAACUACUACAGAGGCUUUUGUAUCUGCAAGUGGUCGUGGCAUUCAGGGAGCAACAUCUCAUCAUUUGGGACAGAACUUUUCAAAAAUGUUUGAAAUUGUUUUUGAAGAUCCAGAAACUCAACAAAAACAAUACUGCUUCCAGAACAGCUGGGGACUAACAACAAGAACCAUUGGAGUAAUGAUAAUGGUUCAUGGUGAUGACAAAGGACUUGUAUUGCCUCCACGGGUUGCCUCUGUGCAGGCAAUUAUUAUGCCAGUUGGAAUUACUGCCAAAUCAUCAGAGCAAGACAAAUUAAACCUCAUAGUGGCUUGUAAUAAAUUAGCUACCGACUUAACUGCUGCUGGAGUGCGAGCUCGUUGUGAUCUACGUGACAAUGUUACACCUGCUUGGAAGUUCAAUCACUGGGAGUUGAAAGGUGUCCCCUUAAGAUUAGAGCUCGGACCCCGUGAAGUUGCUUCAAAUCAGGUAUUUGCUGUGCGUCGAGACACUGCAGAAAAACAAGCCUUAAACCGAUCUGCUGUUGGGGUGGAGACUAAAGCUCUACUGGACAACAUUCAUGCCAACCUAUUAUCAAAAGCACGUACAGACCUCGAGUCACACAAAAUAAAAGUAAACACCUGGAAUGAUUUCACCAGCAACCUAGACAAGGGCAACAUCCUCUUAGCUCCAUUCUGUGGUAAAGAAGAAUGUGAAGAUGCCAUCAAGAAGGACUCUGCCCGUGAAGAAACUGAGCCAGGAGCACCAUCUAUGGGGGCAAAAGGCUUGUGUAUUCCUUUUGAACAGCCUGGGGAGGUGAAUGGUCUCUCAUGUAUUCAUCCAUCCUGCAAGACCACACCUUUGUUCUACACACUUUUUGGUCGCUCGUACUAAACUACAGGAUAACAACUUUUGUUUACCGUAACCCUUAAACUGUCCAAACAGAUCUACGUUCACAUGCGUAGUGCUCCAAAAGUAGAUCUACAUUUUUUUACAUAUUUUCAAAUGUAACAAAAAAAAAAAAACAUAAAUCAAAGUUUUUUACACGUUUUCAAAUGUAAAAAAAAAAAAAGUACUUUUUUUACAUACUUUCAAAUGUUGAAAAAACGUAGAUCUACAUUUGGACAGUUUAAGGGUUAAACUGUCCAAACGUAGAUCUACGUUCGCACGCGUAGCACUCCGAACGUAGAUCUACUUCCAAUUUUACAUUGUUUUUUAUGUAAAAAAACGUAGAUCUAUGUUCGGCGCACUACGCAUGCAAACGUAGAUCUAUGUUUAGACAGUAUAAGGGUUAAACACUUCACACUUACUGUACUGAUCAUAUUUAGCAUGAAACCUACAAGAUGAUUUGUAAUGCAAAAGAAGUUUUUAUUGUUUGACACAAAUUGUUAUUUUCAACUCAAGAUUUAUCUAAAAAUAUCAAAAUAAUAUUUGUUAUAUUAUACUGUAAUAAAGCAAAUAGGAGCUAAAUAA